AUGCCGGUAAAAUUAAAGAGCAAGAUCCAGUACCAGGUUGUGAGACCUGCAAUGUUGCACUCAUCCGAAACAUGUGCAGCUAUAAAGAGAGAUGAGAACAGGAUUGAUGUGACUGAGAUGAGGAUGUUGAGAUGGCAAUGUGGACUUACUAGAAAGGAUAAAGUUAGAAACAAACAUGUUAAAGGAACUCUUAAAAUAGCAAAAGCUUCAAACAAGGUGAGGGAAAGUAGACUGAGAUGGUAUGGACAUAUAAAGAGACAAGAGGAAGACCACCUGAUAAGGAAGACAAUGGAGAUGGGACUAGCAAGUGGGAGAAGGUUAGGUAGACCAAAAUUGCGAUGGAUUGACUGUGUGAAAAGAAAUAUGAGGGAGUUGGGACUGAGCGAGGAAGAUGCACUGGACCGAGGGAGAUGGAAGAGUGUGUUGAAGAACCAUUACAACGACCCCAAAUAG